GCGGUAAGUGGAGCGAGCCGGCCGCAGCCCGCUCCGCUCCCCCGGCUCCCAGCCGCGCCGCCGGUGAAUGCUGGGGGGUGGUUUCCCCCUGCCCCCCCAAGGCCGGGAGCCAGGGGAGCAGAGCGGAGCAGGCUGGGGCGGUGUCGCUCCACUUAUCGCCGCCCCCUGAGUGCGGGGUCGACCUGGCUGCAGGAAGUGCAGCGACCCGGCCCCAACCCGCUCCGCGGGCUAGUGUUGGGGGGUGGUUUCCCCCAAGCCAGCCCCCUGUCCGCCCCGGAGCCCCACACAGCCCCCCGCUAAGGACGGUCCUGGCCCCAGUGGCGGGGAACCAGUGGAGCAGACUAGACCCUUACAAGAACUCGCAGCUGCUGGAUCUGUUUUAGGCUGGUUUCUAAUUUCUACUACCUGCCAAGGACACAAGCCUGGGAUUUCGGCUAUCCUUAACCCCACAAAUCACUACCCCUUCCUGGAGCUUUCCCUCCUCUGUUUUGGAGAAGCUACAUGGCUCGUGAGUUCUUUUUCAACAGCAAAGUUCAACCCAAACAAAUGACCAGAGAGAGACUUAAAAAACAAACAAACAAACAAAAAACACCCCACCCCCAGGUCCUGGUAAGAGGCCCAGAGCUGUGCGGGCUGCCUGGGGUCCGCGCUCCGGGUCUUGAGUCUCCAUGAAUUCCAAAGAGUGAAGCUCAACUCCCCCACCUCCUGCCGCUGGGGAGGAAGUGGUGAAAUAAUUAGCAUAUUCCAAUGCUAUUGGCUCGUUCUCGAGCUGUUUUACAUAGGCCCGCCUCUUCCCCCCUCCCCACUCCCUUUUUCGGCUGGCUGCCUGGGUUUUGCAGUAUAGGGCUGCCUGCUAGUGCAGUGCAGGGACCGGGGAGCAGCAGCGGCAGCGAGAAGGGAACAUUUACACACUUUUAUUUUUCCGGCGUUCUUCCGCCGCCCGGCUGGGAGCGGGGCUGCCGAGCCCCUCCGCGGAGCUGAGCCGGUGCGUGGGCCGGGAGGAGGCUUUGGAAGGCACAGCAAAGUGGCGAGUGGGCUCUGUCUCGUCUUUCCAUUCCCCCUCUGGUUUCCUGCGGGUGCAGCAUGAAGUGCAGCUAUGGCAAGGCGAGGUAAGACAGUGGUGAGGACGCUGGAAGAUUUGACCCUGGAUUCUGGUUAUGGUGGUGCUGCGGACUCAGUCCGGUCCUCCAACUUGUCCCUGUGCUGUUCGGAUUCCCACCCGGCUUACCCCUAUGGAGGAAACGGCUGGCAGCAUCUAGCUGACUCCAUGCACAGUAGACACAACAGCUUUGACACUGUCAACACGGUCCUAGUGGAAGACUCCGAGGUGCUGGACUGCUCGGGGCAGCAGUGCUCCAGGCUGCUGCCUGACCUUGAGGAGGUCCCCUGGACUCUGGAGGAGGUGGAGGCGCUGCUCCUGCUGCGGCACCGGGAGCCCCGCGGGCCGGCGGCCAGCCCCGCCAGAGAUGCCCUGGCCAAGCUCUCCACCCUGGUCAGCCGGGCGCUGAUCCGAAUUGCCAAGGAGGCUCAGCGGCUGAGCCUGCGGUUUGCCAAGUGCACCAAGUACGAGAUCCAGAGCGCCAUGGAGAUCGUCCUGGACUGGACGCUGGCCUCCAGCUGCACGGCGGCCGCCCUGGGCGCCCUCUCCCUCUACAACAUGAGCGGCAGCGGCGGGGACCGCUUCAGCCGGGGCAAAUCCACCCGCUGCGGGCUCACCUUCUCGGUGGGCAAGUUCUACCGCUGGAUGGUGGACAGCCGGGUGGCCGUGCGCAUCCACGAGCACGCCGCCAUCUACCUGACCGCCUGCCUGGAGAGCCUCUUCCGAGACAUCUACGGGCGGGUGAUGGCGGGGGGCAGCGCCUCGGCCCACCCGCACCCCAGCCGGGGCUCGGGCUCCGGCUCGGCCCCCGCCGCUGGCGCGGAGAAGGACAAGGAGAGCGGCGGCGGCGGCGAAGCGCCCAAGUUUACGGUGGAGUCUCUGGAGCAGACCGUCAACAACGACGCGGAGCUGUGGGGCUUGCUGCAGCCCUACCAGCACCUCGUCUGCGGGAAGAACGCCAGCGGUGUUCUCUGCCUGCCAGACAGUCUGAACCUUCACAAAGACCAGCAAAGGUCAAAUAAGCCAGGCGAAGUACAGAUGUUUAGCCAAUCAGAGUUAAGGACCAUAGAGCAAUCCUUGCUCGCUACCCGGGUGGGAAGCAUUACCGAACUCAGUGAUCUGGUAUCUCGAGCAAUGCAUCACCUCCAGCCACUCAACUCAAAGCAACAUGGCAACGGCACUCCAAUGCACCACAAGCAGGGAUCACUAUACUGGGAACCUGAGGCUUUGUACACUCUCUGUUAUUUUAUGCAUUGUCCACAGAUGGAAUGGGAAAACCCUAAUGUUGAGCCUUCAAAAGUCACACUGCAGAUUGAAAGGCCAUUCAUAGUGCUGCCACCCCUGAUGGAAUGGAUAAGGGUUGCUUUGGCUCAUGCAGGGCACCGUCGCAGUUUCUCUGUGGACAGUGAUGAUGUACGGCAAGCAGCAAGGCUCUUACUACCUGGAGUUGACUGUGAACCUCGACAGUUAAAAAUCGACGACUGCUUCUGUGCUUCUCGAAAACUGGAUGCAGUAGCCACAGAAGCUAAAUUCAAGCAGGAUCUGGGAUUCCGAAUGCUGAACUGCGGCCGAACGGAUCUAGUUAAACAGGCCAUAUCUUUGCUGGGGCCAGAUGGAAUUAACAGCAUGAGUGAACAGGGCAUGACUCCACUGAUGUAUGCUUGUGUCAGGGGUGAUGAGGCUAUGGUGCAGAUGCUACUAGAUGCUGGAGCAGAUUUGAAUGUUGAGGUUGUCAGUACUGCUCAUAAAUAUCCAUCCGUCCACCCCGAGACCCGCCAUUGGACAGCUCUGACAUUUGCUGUGUUGCAUGGACAUAUUCCUGUAGUUCAGCUGUUGCUGGAUGCUGGAGCAAAGGUAGAAGGUUCUUUAGAGCAUGGAGAGGAAAAUUACUCGGAAACUCCUUUGCAACUGGCAGCAGCUGCUGGAAAUUUUGAACUGGUGACUUUGCUGUUGGAGCGAGGCGCUGACCCCAUGAUAGGAACAAUGUACAGAAAUGGAAUUUCCAUGACUCCACAAGGUGACAUGAACUCUUUCAGUCAGGCUGCUGCACAUGGACACAGGAAUGUAUUUCGUAAGCUGCUUGCUCAGCCAGAGAAAGAGAAGAGUGAUAUUCUGUCCCUGGAGGAAAUACUGGCUGAGGGAACUGACUUGGCAGAUGCUGCACCAGCUCCUUUGUGUGCCAGCCGCAACAGCAAGGCCAAACUGAAAGCACUGAAAGAAGCCAUGUACCACAGCGCCGAGCAUGGAUAUGUGGAUGUCACUAUUGACAUAAGGAGCAUAGGAGUUCCAUGGACACUACAUACAUGGUUGGAGUCUUUGCGAACUUCCUUUCAGCAGCACAGACGGCCUCUCAUCCAAUGCUUGUUAAAGGAAUUUAAAUCCAUUCAGGAGGAAGAGUACACUGAGGAGCUCAUCACACAUGGGUUGCCUUUGAUGUUUGAAAUACUGAAAGCAAGUAAGAAUGAAGUGAUAAGUCAGCAACUGUCUGUCAUUUUCACUCAUUGCUAUGGACCUUAUCCUAUUCCAAAGCUUGUUGAAAUCAAACGAAAGCAGACCUCUCGUUUAGAUCCCCAUUUUCUUAACAAUAAAGAGAUGUCAGAUGUUACAUUUCUGGUGGAAGGAAGACCAUUUUAUGCACAUCGAGUGUUACUAUUUACUGCAUCCCCAAGGUUUAAAGCACUGCUAUCUAGCAAACCCUCAGCUGAGAACACUUGUAUUGAGAUCAGCUAUGUGAAGUACCCCAUAUUUCAGCUGGUUAUGCAGUAUCUUUACUAUGGCGGUGCAGAAUCACUCCUGAUUAAGAAUAAUGAAAUAAUGGAGCUUCUCUCUGCUGCUAAAUUUUUCCAGCUUGAAGCUUUGCAACGACACUGUGAGAUCAUCUGUGCAAAAAGUAUAAACACAGAAAACUGUGUGGAUAUUUACAACCAUGCCAAGUUUCUCGGAGUCACAGAACUGUCCUCCUAUUGUGAAGGCUACUUUCUAAAAAAUAUGAUGGUCCUCAUUGAAAAUGAAGCUUUCAAACAGCUAUUGUAUGACAAGAAUGGAGACACGUCUGGUCAGAAUGUACUACAAGACUUACAGAGGACGUUGGCGACAAGGAUUCAGUCAAUUCAUUUGUCUUCUUCAAAGGGCUCCGUUGUAUAAAGUUCAGGAAGGAGAUCGCGCUCAGAAAAGACACUGCGAGUUAAGGCUCCUGUUGCAGUUGCUUAAAUUAACAUACAAAAUUCUACUUCACAUUGGAAUAUUUUUUGUUGUUGUUGGCCAAAGGUGCUGCUUUUAAGCUGCAGCCUCACUUAGAUGAGGGAAUACUGAACGUAUGGCUCCUACCCAUUUUUGAGAAACAAGGAUCUAGCACUAUUCUGUGAAUUACUGUUAUGUUCAGUUCUGAACACAAAAGUGUGUGGUCUUGGAGCUAGUGCCAACAAAAGCCAGAACUCACCAAUGAACAGCAGAAGCCUCUGCCUGAACAAAGAUGCCAUGGACCACUUAAACUGACAAAUGGAUUAUUUAAGGUUAUUUUGCUCCACCAAGUUAUACAUUUAAGAAGUGUACUGUACCUAUCCCAGAUUCCGUUCUAUUGUGCAUUUAAGAAACGUAAGAUUUGUUAGUUGCUGUUUCAUAAGGGUCAACUGUGUUAGAAAGUUGGUAAGACUGUUAUAAAUGAGGAAAUAUAUUGGCAAAUUUUUAGGGGUGGGAACUUUUUAAAAUUGUUCAUAACAAAUGGGGUGGCCUUGUAGUUUAAAAUCUAUUUCUUAAGCUUAAAAAUUAAUUUUUGACAGAGUUGUGUUUGCGAAUCUAUGUAACACGUUUUGUUUUUUAAAGGCACACUGUGUAAAUACUGUAUACAUAUGAGCAGGUUUUGUUUGUAUUCUUUCCCAAGGUGGUAUAAUCUUGCCUAAAUGGUUAUGGUUACACCAAAGAGGUACAUUACCAAGACAAUAUCUAUUACAGUAGUUGGGGAAUAAAAAUCUGCAUGCUAAUUGUGAUUUGGGGUUAAAAACAAUAACAAACUCAACAUGCAUUUGCAUGGUAACUGUACCUGUGAAAUGUUAUGUUUGUGCUUUGUUUUGCCAAGACUGCUUGUCAAACUCCAUUUGUGAAAUUAGCAUAUUUACUUUUUUUUCUUGGUGCAAAUGGUUCUCACAGAAACUUGUUGGAAGAUGCUGAUUUCUGUUUGUUACAUGAAAGAGUUAAUAUCAGCCUUUAUUCUAGUAACAUGUCAAUAUUUCGCUACUGGCCAGAGAUUGUGACUAAGGUAGACUUUUUAAAAUUAUUAUUAAAUAUGUACUAUAGAAUAAUUUCUUACUGUAUCUUCAGAAUGUAUAGGUUAUCUACAAUGGAGGUGUGCAAUGUCAGGGCUCAAUUUAUUUUGCAGCAUACUGUUAGCAAGAGAGAUCUGUUAAGUGGCACAAUUUUCCUGACCUCUUGUAUUUGAUGAUACCUUUCAUGAAUCGGUUGAUUUAAAACAUAGGGAAGACCUCAGUAAAGAGUAGGAGAAAGGCGCUACCUUUUCAGUGGCAAAAUUACAUGUAUUUCUUUUCUAGCAUGCUUUUUGAAACUGUGCCCGGUUCACAGAUUUUUAGAAGCUUUAAUUUGACAGUGCAUGAUAACUUCUUGGUCUUUUGUUAGAAUAUUUAUGUCCGGUGCUAUUUCAUGUUUAUAGCUUUUGGAAUGCUCAGAAAACACAGUCUUUGCAUUAGUUAUCACCAUGAUAGGAAACUGUUUUAUUGUUCUGAUCUGUAAAUCCUCCUGUAUGCUUGAUCAUUUUAAAGCCUAUACAAUAUCUGCAACAAAUUACAAAAUUGUCUCAACUACCAUUAAUGUCUCAGAGACACAGCAUGUCAGCCUAACAAUGAAUUACCAGACAAUUUGUUUCUGCAUAUGGUAUGCCAUAUAAGAUGUUGUCUAGAACAUUUAGCUACUGGCGACUUACUUUUCUGUGAAUGUUGCAAUGCUAAAGAAGCAAGAACCUGAUAAAUGCAAUUGCAACUCUUGGGGGUGCUUAUAUUAUAGUUUGGUGUGCUUCCUCACUCCUUGAAACCCAUUAUUCCAUAUUGGUGACAAUCUACAUAUAAAAACAAAUCUCACCCAGCAGCUUAAUGUUAACUUCUCUGAAUAUAAAAUUAUAAUGCUCCAGAUUUUCACCCUGUAAUCAAGUAGGCCAAAUUUUACCCUCAGGUACCCACAGAGCUCCCACUAAAGUCAUCAGGCAUUGCAGACUUGUAUCCACAAGCAGAAUUUUUCUCAGUGGGAAAUAAAAACACAGGUAUAAAUUCAGCGAGGCAAUCUGGUGUCUAACAGAAUGAUAACCACUGCUUAUGUAGCAAUGAUUUCAGGGCAUACAUUAAUAGCAGUCCAGGGCAUUGGUAAUGGGAUAUAGAGCCCUCUACCCCUGGGUUACUCAUUGGAAUAUUGAUGUUGACUGAUGUCACCAGCACAGAAAUCCACCACAAUAGAUGUAACUUCCUUUGGCAGUGUCAGCAAAAAAAAAAUGAAAGACUGGAUGGGGAAGGGAGACUUCUCUCCUGUCUCACCCUGAGAACUGGCUCCUCUAGGUUAGGACUGAGAUGCAUAGGAUGGGCUGUGUUGGUAAGCUUGAAGUGUCACCGACUUUGUGGUAUCUGUUCUGCGGCUAAACAGAGGACUUCACUUGCUUGAUCUGUAGUACAUCUUUCAUGAGCAUACAUUCACUCGCAGUAUCCUGUUAGGAACAAAGGGACAAAUUCUCCCUUCACUCUGUACCCAGGGCUUACCAUAGACUAAAAGGGAAUUGUGUGAGCAUGCAAGGCAAAAUUAGACCCAAAACUAGUUGCAGCAAAGCAUACCUGCCUCUGAACAAACGCAUUCCCUUUGCUUCUUCAGGGGCUCAUUAAUCUGGAACACUGAGCACGAUCUAAUGCUUGGUGUUCUAGUGCAUAAGCCUUCAGAUUUAAUUUACGCUACCGUGGGAUUUGCUUUGCUGGUCUCAACUAAACAUGAGCAGGAGAACAAGAUUAUAGAAGUCUAUGGGAUCAAAAAUGCUCCUGAAAGAGGAUUCUGGCUAUUGAUUGAUGCAGCAGUGUCUAUUGCUAUUAAAGCUAUUGUUAAUGGAUACAUUAGAGUACAUUGGAUGAUUAAUGGUUUGCAUAUACUGGUGGAAAAGCUCAUGGGAGGGCUUAUUAGGGCAGCAAAAACUGCAUGGUUUCCAUCACGGAGUUUCCUCCAUGUCCUUCAAUUGGAGGCAGAGUUCCCAGACUCAAAUAAGCAGGGGGUACAGACCUGGGGUCCCAUUGAGCUCCACAAUGCACAGAUUCUGGAGUCCCUCUAAGUGCUUGAGCCGCACCUAACCGGACCAGAACUGCUAUCGUUCCAUUUCAGUAGAAGCCUCUAUGAUGAAUUUCAUCCAAAAAAUACUUAGAAUGUGACCAUGAUGCCUAUAAGACAGCAUAUCCAUGCAGCAAUGAGGCCUAUAAGACAGCAUAUCCAUGCAGCAAUGAGGCCUAUAAGACGGCAUAUCCAUACAGCAAUCGUUAUUGUAGUGGUACAUAGCAGCAUCCUUUAGAAAGUGCUGUUAUUUCAGGAAACAAAAGCCUCUGUUCAGUAAUCUCUGUACCGAUUGCAAUACUUCAUCCAUUUUGGGGGAAGAAUUCCCUCAAUCCUCCCAACCCAAGGAAUUUCAGAUGGUUGGGUGUACUGGAAAUUCUUUUUAAAACCCUUAGAAAAAGUGUAUAUACAUUUUUCAAUCAUAACUCGCACUCCCCCUUCCCUCUGCACAACGAUCUAGGGCUUUUUUUUUUCCCAUCUAGGUUUUUAUAAAGUCUCCCGUCACUGUUGGUAUCUGGGCAUCUACAGGCACUUUGACCUUUCUCUGUUGCAAGUCCUGCCUUCUCCUUCUCUAGAAGAGACACAAUCUCCUCUUAGCUCCCUUAAUUGCCCCACAGUCCCCAGAACACACCCAUCUUGCCUAAUCUGUUGCCAGCUCCUGCACUCUCCCUGUUCUAGAACCAGACUGGUUCCCUCCCUGACCCUGGCAGAUAUUAUCUCAACUAACCCAGCUCUCCCCUAUGGUUCAUUGCCCCAUAGUCAGCUUGAGAACUGGCAGAGGAGGUGGGCUGGUGGAAACAUAUGAUAGGAAAGUUUUGGGGCAUCAGGGAACAAGGUUAGUACUCUUUUUCAGGGAAAACUCCAGAACCACCUCCCCAUUACUCAAAUCCUCCCUGUUCCACAGAUUGGAGACCAUUCCUCACCCCUCCCAUCUUUUAGAAACAGAUGGCUUCCAAAUGUUUUCUACUCUAGAAAAUGGCCAGUUUCCUAAGGGAACCUUUCUCAAGGUUAAAACUUUGCAUGCAAGUUCUUGGCUCACAAGUGAAUUGAUUGGGCAAAGUAUAUAAAUGUAUAUAUUCCAAGUGGUGCAUGUGGAAUUAGUGGAAAACCUCCCACCGGCACUAUCAGUAGCUGCUCUGCUAAGUUUCCACCUGCCACUUUGUAAACUGACACGGUUCAUGUGGAAGAUCCACUGACCGUUGGCUUCAUACCAAAAAUUGUACUAGUCCCUUUUGGAUGCAUUACAGUGUGUGGUGUGAUAGGGAGUUUUUCUGGAACCUCCAGUUCUGUGCCAAAAUGUACUGUGGUUUGAUGUUUGAAGAUUUUUUUUUUCCAGUGAUUUCAGCUCCUACUGAAAUGAGCUACAUUUCAAUGGUGCAGUAGUGAGAGAGAGAGAGAGAGAGAGAGAGCUGGCCUUUUCUUCAAAAACAAAAAUCAAAUUAAGGGCCCACAGUCCUGCACACAACACCAAGGGAAGUCAAUUGGGACCUUUUUGUCAGUGUGUUACUGACAUACGUACAGCUGUCAUUAAAGUGAACGCACUUAAAUUUAUAUACAAUACUGAGAUUCAAGGUUGGGCUCAAGCCAUUUCCCUAUAUUAUUCACCACAGGCCAAAUGCUGAGGUGUGCAUAGUACCUGCAGCUUCCAUUGAAAUCAAUGCAAGUUGUAGAUACUCCGAGUCCCUCAGGAGUUAGCUCUAUAUUAAUAAUAAUAUUUACAUAGGACCAGAUCCUGAAGUCUGUAUGCAUCAAAGCUGGUACUGAAAUCAGUUGGUGUUCUGCAUGAAUAAGGGUGGAUUAAAAACUGAAUAAGAACUUUGGGAUUUGGCCCAUGGUGUCUUUCAUCUGAGAAUUUCAAAAUGCUUUACAAACAUUACCGGCCUGAUCUUGCUGCUCUUACUCCUGCUUAAUACCUUAUCCCAGAAAUAGUCCCAUUGACAUUAAUAGGACGAAGGAUGGAGUGUGGUAUUAAGCAAGGAGAGGGAGGGUGUCUGCAUCUAGCCUUUAAUAAACAUCACAAUGUCUCUGUGAGGGAGAUAGUUAUUAUAUCCAUCUAACAUGCUGGUAACUCGAGACAUAAGCAGGUUAAGCGAUUUGCCCAACUCAGUGUGAAAUCUAGAGUUUUGCCCUGCUGAUAUCGGCUAUUGUAACCAUUCGUGGGGAGCUGUAUUCUCAUUUCUAAUAUGCAUGCACUCCUCCCAUUGACUGGAUAGUUGAGCUCUAGCAAAUGUUAACUUUUCUAUGUCAGUAUAAAUGUCUGCAUUGCAUCUGAGAGAGUGAAUUUGUCUGAACACCUUUGGCUGGUGGCUGACCUUGGCCAUUCAACUUCCCAUUGUUGCUGCUGCUGUGUUUUCAUUAAAACUUCGAUUACCUUUCCCACUCACUGCGGUUAUAGAUGAGUUUUUCUUAUCACAUUUCUGAAGCAAACAAAGAAAACAACCUGACAUAUCAAAGCAGAAACAAUUCAUGUUUAAAAAUAAGGCAAGUUAGAAAACAGGGACGCUCAGCCAUACAAGGAUGUGACCUUUAUAAAACAGUCACAUUAGAAAACAGCGCAUUCUUUAAAUGGUCAACUUCAACAAGAUAUCAUGUGGGCCACAGCCAUAACACCAGUCAGGGAUGGCUUAGUGAUCUAAGAUUCAAAUUAACUAGAAUCCUUCAUGCCACAUAAUCAAAUCCCAGCAGCAUUGACUGACCCUUUCAUCACCCUAUGGUGGAUAAAUUCAGUACCAUCUAGUUUACUAUUUGGGGGGGAAGCGGUAUCGUUCAGGUGAGACCUUAUAAAAUCUGGUCCUCUCCACUCUACAUGACCUUUAAACAGCACAUACAUAGCACUUCAAGUGGAGGGAUUUGCCCCAUUAUCCUUAAUUGAAAGUUCCCCUUCCCCUGUACUUGUGCAGUGAGCUGUGUGCCAGUUGGAUGCUGCCCCGUGCCCCUGUGGUGGCUGGGUUUCAAUGUUGCUGUAGGGCUCUAAAUCAUGAAGCGCUUUGAGAGUCUUCAGAAUGAACAGUGCUACAUAAAAGUAAAAUAAUUCAUCCUGUCAGAGAGCCCAAGCUAAGUACGGUCAAGGCUGGCUAGACCUCCAGUAAAACAUGUGCUUCAGAAGGCAGUGCUGGUGUGUCAGAAAGUGGCUUUUCCCCUCUUGAGUCCCUGAACCAAUGCCCUAGCGUGGUAUUUGGGAGCACUGUGCUCUGGGUGGUGACAUCUUUCAGAUGAGUCAGAAAGCUGAGGUCCUGACCCCUUGUGGUCAUUAAAGAACUGCUGGCACAUUACACAAGAGUAGGUUAGAGUUGUCGACCUCAGGGUCUUGGCCAAACUCCAAUUUAGUAAUUAUAUUGUGCCUACCAAAAUUCCUCUUGUGUAUUUCAAGUAGGUAUAUUAUUCACUUCCUGUCCUAAAUUUCUGUGUACUGUUGAAGCGUGCUGUUGUAAGCACCUGCCUUUCACCCUAGCAUUUGCUUGUAUGUCAGUAGUAGAUGAAGAAAUUUGUGUGUGAGAGAGAAUUAUGCAUAUCAUAAAUAAGUCAAACUCCCACCCUAUGUUGUAUGGGUGCAACUACACAGCAAAGUACGAUACUCUCCUAGUGCUCUUUUCAGCACUGCGUGGAGGGCCUGGCUAAUGUGUCUCCUGGUACUUUACGGACCAAGGUGAUGUAGUCGGGACCCAUGCUCCCCUCUAUACUGUGUUCUGCAUCACACAAUAGAGAGGUCUGGAUCCUGCUAGUUUUAGAGCAGCAUUAUGGUGUUCUGAAAAGAGUUCCUUCAGCCUCUUUGCACUAAUGAGACUGGCUAUCCUUCAGUCCAGCUCAUCUGCAAGCCUUCCCUUGUAAUAUCACCUGCACAGAAUGAGUCUACUCAGAGCAAGAUCUUGACUCUGUAAAGCAUUUUAGGACCCUCUGGGACAAAAGAUGCUUUAUAAAAUGAGAUAUUCUGUAUCUGAACAGUUCAUGUUCUGCAUCUUCUGUUUUUUACAUGUGAAAUGUUUUUGUUUUUUUAUUUGUGUGUGUGUGUGAGAGAGAGAGAGAGAGAGAUGGACAGUAUAUAAAUUUACUGUAUAUCUUGUGAGAUGUGAAAUCAUGUCUGUAAAGAGGUCUCUUGUUAAUGUCAGUCAGCCUUCCCCGAUGCUAAGGGUUCGGCAGUAUGCAUUAGUGAAUUGAAUAGCUAAACCUCCACUUGCCCAAAAGGGCUUACCUUUGUACAUAGAUUAGCAUUUUUAACAUUUGAUAUAAGAUCAUUGAAAGUAAUUUGUAAUUUAGAUGAGGGGGAUAUGGGCAUUCUAGAAAAAAAUACCAAUUCAAAUUAUAGUGUGGGGCCAUUCAUAAAACAAACCAAAAGGCUUGGUGCAACACCCAUUGAAGUCCAGUAGAUUGGGCCCCAUUUUUUAGCUCUUAUUCAGACAUUAAACAAUUUGCCAUGAAUCUGCUAUAUGUGAAUCUGAAGUGUAGAUCAUGUUGCACCUAAGCAGAAAAGCAAAAUGCAUGUUUGUAAUUGGGUACCAGUGUCUAUGUGCUUAAGUAGGGAAAGAUACCUCCCCAUCCAUCUCCAUCUCUGAGGACCUGUCAUUGUGUUCUUCUGUUUACCUCAGAAAAUAACAGAUGAAAGAAUCCCAGCACCAAUGCUUUGGUGACACAGAAGAGCUAGCACUAAACAUGAGACAUGCUUGCUAGCUUCCUUCAUCCUUGUCCAAGUCUAUCAGUUAUCUCUUUCAGAUUUCAGUAAAAGUUAUAUUUAUAAAGUUAUUAGGGAAAAAUGAAAACCAGAGAGAAAGCCAUGAUGGAAAAAAUUGCUACCAAGAAUAAAACAGAACUGUAGCGUGAAGACUUCAGAUUACAAAAUCUGCAGCAAACCCUUCCUGCUGAAAAAAGACAGCUUUUCGCUGUCAUCUUGUAAAACUAAUGAUGGUUUGAUUACUUGUUGGAGCUUUUUUAUUAGUAUUAUUAUUUCUGUAUCUAGCACAGGAAGCUCUUAUAUGCCAUCUCUCAAUGAGGUUUCUAUGGAAAAGGUUUCUUUAUUGGGAAACAAAAAUCACACAACCAGAUAAUACUAUCCAGAGCACAAGGAAGUGAUGUCCUACUUUAUGCAACCAUCAUUUAAGUACUGGCUUUUGGGUUUAUAUAAGUGUUCUAGUUAUUUUAAAAUGAACAAUAUAGCUGGAACAUUUGUUUGCCCUUCUCAUUGUCCAUUUAAGCUUGUACAAACUGCACAAUAGUAAAAGCCACUGCACAGAAAAUAGGGGAAUUGUGGAUGAUUUGAAGGAUUAAGCAAUAGUUUAGCUCAAUGGGUAAAAUUUUUGAAAGGGCCUGGUGAUUUAGGAGCUGAAGGCCAUUUUUCAAAAGAGACUUAGGAGUCUACCUCUUAUUGGAAGUCAUUGGGACUUAGGCACUUUUGAAAAAUCUUCCCCAAUAUCAAAACUAUUCAGAUGUUAAUAUUAUGAAGCAAGCUGUCUACACCCAGGAAAUUAAAGGUUAAGGAGAAUAAUCUACUUUUAACUCACGCCGUAUUUAAUAUGAGAUACCAGCCUUAAUUUUAAAUGUAGCCACUUUUGUCUAACUGUGUCACAACCUGAAUUCUGCUUUAAAAUAUUUUUAUUUAAUUUCCUUGUUUUCUUUUUUAAAAAAAAGUUUAAAAAGAAGGUUUGUCUUUCAGCAUAAUGUGUUCAGUCUGCUAGAUCUUUAUGUGCUCAAUCAUAUAAUGAGAUCCUUAGCACGUUAUCAGUGCUAAAAUGUCUUAGGAAAAUUUCUGAAAACAUGUUCACUGAGUGCACCUUAGAAUAUUUUAACCCCCGAUCUCUGAUGAUAAGUCUUUUAAAAUCUCCAGUGAGAUGAGGAUUCAUGUCUUGCCAAAUGUCAUUUUGUAAAUCCAGUGUUAACAUUGUACAAACACAAACCAGCAUUUGAAACCAGCAAGGAUUUUUUUUUCUUUAAUCUGGUUAGCCAGCUCUUCUUUUCAAGUGUAAAAUAAUUUGCUUUUAGUUUGCGACUAUGUAUGCAAAGCUUCUGCGUGACUUGUUAUAACCAAGUUAAAAAAUGGGAAGCUGGGUUUAGAGAGAAAUUUAACUGCAGUAGUGCAAAAGGUACGCUUAUUUUAGGGCCUGAGCUAACUCCCACUCACAGCAAUAGGAAUCCUUCCAUUGACUUCAGUGGGAGUUGGAUCAGGCCUAAAGCAGUUUGUCGUAGCCUUUUUGAUACCAGGGACUGGCUUGCUGCCUUCCUAAACUGUGUCAUGGAGAUCUCAGGGACCGGAGCCAGCCCAUGGACUGGUCAUUGAGAAACACUGUGCUAAAGGAUAUAAUCUCCUCUCUCCCCAUAUUCAGAUCUGUGGUUGGUAUCAGUGAGAGGCUCCCAUAAGGACUGAAGGGAAAAUAUGCCCUGAAGGCCCAAUCCUAUUGUCCUUGUGCAUAUUGUCCCAAAUUCAGCAAAGGCACUUAAUUAAGCAUGUGCUUAACGUGUGUGACUUUAAGCAUCCCUUCCCAGCAAAAUACUUAAGCAUUUGUUGGUUUCAAUGGUACUUAAGCAUGUGUUUAAAAUUAAAGUGAAGCACAUACUUAAGAGUUUUGCUAAACAAAGAUGGGAUUACUCAUGUACUUAAGUGCCCUGGUGAUUCAGGGCAUUCAAACUUCCAGUGAUUUCGCUGGAAGCAUCACGUGACGCGUUUACAGGCUGCAGAAUCAGGCUCAAGUGUGGGGGUGAAGCAUUUUUAUGAAUUGGACCUGCCUGAGAAAACAAUGGCAAUUUUAAUUUCAGGAGCUGACAUUCCAUUAACAUCCGUUUAGCUGGUAGGGUUAAUAUGUAAUAUUUACUAUAAUUACAUUUCAUCUUUUUUUAAAAAAAUCCCUCUCUUUGAGGCAGCACCUGAGUCCAGCAAGUAUGAAAUAAUGCCAAAGAACUUUAAAUACUUGCCCAUAUGGCCAAACCCUGCUAACUUGCCCAAACAGAAGUAGUCCCAUCAAAAUUAAGGAGAGCAUGAUUUGGCCCAUGGACUGUACAAAUUUACUGAUGUGUGAACACAAGUCCCAAUUCAGUUCAGUAAAACUGAUUACUUCCUGGAAAAAAACACAUCCUCCCAAUUCACCCUGGUUGUAAAUGAAUUGAAGUCAAAGGAGUUAUAGCAGAGAUGAAUUUAGCUCGCUGGAUGCCAUCCAGUAUGUAGGCAAAACUCCCAGUGAAGUCAGUAGGUGUUUUCCUUUGUAAGGACUGCAUAAUUGGGGCCACAUAAUGAACUAUAUUUAUCAGACAGACAGACCAUUCUUGUGUAAACGCUGUUGGUAGCUUUGUGCGAAGGCCAAAAGAAACAAAACAAAAUCAAACUUCAUGGGAACACACCAGAGAAUAAUAAACUUGCACCUUGAUAGAAUAGCUUUAUUUGUGUAUAUUGUAUGUAAAUUUCAAACCAGAGAAUACAUGCCAUUCACUGUACAUAUCUGGUUACUUGGCUGGCAGUGCUGUGCACUGCUGUUUAGGAGCUCCAGGUUCUUUAGUCUUGGGUUUCCAACUUUAAAGGUUGCUGGAGACCAAGACCUUGGGGCCAGUCAAAAAUAGGAGGAAUGGAGUGAUAGCCACCCACUACAAAUGUGGUGAAGACUAUGGAUCAGGACUGAGGUUAGCUUUGGAGAAGGUUGCUUGCCCACACUCCUGGCCAGCGGAUAAGUCCCUCCUUCAUAGUCAUGUACAGUAGAAGGGAAGUUAUUGAGUUUCUGGUGGUCCACAUGGGUGGAGUAUACUCAAAAUCCUAUUUGAACCAGUCUUUAAUAGGGACCUGGUGUGGUAAGAAGGAACCCAUGAUUUAAUGUAACACAAAAAGGACCACAACAAAACAGUGUGUAUAUACCUAUCUAUCUCCUAAUGUCUCUGUAUUGAAUGGAUUUGAUAAUUUGUAAAAAAAAAAAAAAAAAAAAAACAACUGAUUGCUCAUGUUGUGUUACUGCUUUGAAUUUCUUUGCAUGAACUCUGGCAUAUAAUUCUUUAAGGAAAAAAAUAUAUAUAUAUAUUAUAGCCUGCAAAAUAUUCUUGUUGGACAGCCAUGUUUUGUGCAAAUUGUAUAUUAUUGUUGUGAGCAAUAUUGGAAUAUGAACUUUUAUUAGUUGUUGGCAUUAAAAUAUGUUUUCAUUGAUAGUAAAUUUGUCAUAUUAUUUUUGGGUGUUAUGUAACAUGGACUUCCAUAUUUAGGUGUGAGCACAACUACCGAAAGGGCCAUUUUCAGUGCAGUGAAAAUAUCACCAACUUUCACUAAACAGGCCGGUAUGCAAAUCACAUUCAUUUUAAUGCACGUUACAAGCUUAUUUAUUCAUGCCAAUUGAUAGGCCUAUACUUUUGUAGGCUCGCUAUAGCAAUGCUUGACUUCAUCUUUGAAAAGAUCAUGCUGUUAGCCCCUUUUCAUAAAGAUGGAACUAAAGCCCCAAUCCAGAAAAGCAUAUGUUUAAUUUUAAGCACCUGAGUAGGCCCCUUAACCUCAGUGAGACCACUUGCAUGCUUAAAGUUAAGUAUCUGCUUAAAUGCUUUGCUGGAUCAGGCGCUAAAAAAAAUCCAGUUUUCUCUUGCCCUUGGAUAGUCAAUGCUUUAUUUUUAGCUUUUCGGGCAGCACAUUUUCCAGUGUCGGGGCCUGUGGAAAGUGAAAUAUUAAUACGGCUUUAUGAGAGCUACAGCAACUAUCUAGUCAUUUGGCACUUGACGUUUAUAGCUUUUAGGUGGCUUGUAAACACCAUAAAUAGCGAUUUGCUCUAGGUUUACUUCUGCGAAAUGUGUUCCAUUUUGAUUUAAAAUGUUUAAAGUUAAUACAUUGACUGCCUUUUUUGUACAUUUGUUACUUCAAAGGUUUGAUUUAAAUUAUAACCAUUGUAGUCUGUUUUCAGCCUUUAAAUAACAGCUGACCGUUCUGUAUUUGAGAGGCAAAGUUAUGAAUAAAUAUAGCAGAUUAAUAUUCUAA